UUACAUUGGAGGCUGCUAAAUUUACAUUAACGUGGCCAAAAGAACAAAAAAAGUGCAGUACUAGUACUACAUAGGACAGUAGACAUUCGAGAGACGGAGGGAAUCUGAAUCUGAGCCCGAUCUCCAUUUGUCUAUCGUUUGAAUUUAAAUUCCCAAACUUGAUACCAAUCCUCUAUGCUUUGCAUUUUCAAAAACCCUUCCCUCUCUCUCUCGAGUAAACACUUCCACUGUGUAAAACCCUAGUCUUUACAAUCUCUCUCUUUAUCCAAAACCCCUAGAUCAGGAUAGGAGACAGGAAAUAUCAUGACGGCGGUACCACAGGUCGCUGGGCAGGAGCUCGAGAGCCCGCCGUCCGAUGGAAUAUCGAAUCUACGAUUCUCCAACCACAGUGAUCAUCUUCUCGUAUCGUCGUGGGAUAAGAGUGUGCGAUUGUAUGAUGCGAGUGCCAAUCUGUUGAGGGGAGAGUUCAUGCACGGUGGUCCUGUGUUGGACUGUUGCUUCCAUGAUGAUUCUUCGGGGUUCAGUGCGAGUGCUGAUAAUACUGUGAGGAGGCUUGUCUUCAACUAUGGUAGGGAGGAUAUUUUAGGAAGGCAUGAUGCACCUGUACGCUGUAUUGAAUACUCGUAUGCCACAGGGCAAGUGAUUACUGGUAGCUGGGACAAAACUUUGAAGUGUUGGGAUCCUAGAGGUGCAAAUGGGCCGGAUCGCUCACUUGUUGGGACGUACACACAGCCUGAGCGUGUCUAUUCUCUAUCACUUGUUGGCAAUCGCUUAGUUGUAGCAACUGCUGGAAGGCAUGUCAAUGUUUAUGAUCUACGGAAUAUGUCUCAACCUGAACAACGAAGGGAAUCUUCGCUGAAAUAUCAAACUAGAUGUGUGCGCUGUUACCCCAAUGGAACAGGUUAUGCUCUUAGUUCUGUUGAAGGCCGGGUUGCAAUGGAAUUUUUUGAUGUUUCUGAGGCUGGCCAAGCCAAGAAAUAUGCCUUCAAGUGUCAUCGAAAAUCGGAAGCUGGAAGGGACAUUGUCUACCCUGUUAAUGCCAUUGCCUUUCACCCUAUCUAUGGUACAUUUGCAACCGGGGGUUGUGAUGGUUAUGUCAAUGUGUGGGAUGGAAACAACAAGAAAAGAUUGUAUCAGUACUCGAAAUACCCAACAAGCGUUGCAGCCUUAUCAUUCAGCAGAGACGGCAGACUAUUGGCAGUUGCAUCAAGUUAUACAUAUGAAGAAGGAGAUAAACCUCAUGAACCCGAUGGCAUAUUUGUCCGCAGCGUAAAUGAAGUUGAAGUGAAGCCAAAGCCGAAAGCCUACCCCAAUCCUACCACAUAAACCGAGAUUUCAAAAUGCUCUGCUUGAUCUUUAGUAGUUUUGGACACAUUUGCUUCUGAUAAUAUACUGAAAUUGCAUCAGUCGUUGGCUGAUCUAAUGUUUAUUCAAAUGCAAAUGUCCAUUUACCUCUUUCUUGAACAAACAAACUAUUUCAAGCCUGGUGGAUAUAUUAGCAUGUUGGAAUGGUAUUCUGACUGAUGAGUUGUUCAAGAGAACUUCGAUGUACUAUA